CCCUCCUCCUACCUCCUCCUAUUAAUUCCUCGCGGCCGGGGCAACCCUAGGAAUCUCUCGCGGCUAACUCUAUGCAGCGCCGGGCUUGUGGCUUAGUGGUCCCGGGACGGCCUGCGGCUGCGAGGACCUGAAGGCAUCGUCCAGCCCAACAUCGCUGUACACCUGGGGAGUCCGAGACCCAGUGAGAGCAGUGCGGCCCGAGGUGGCCCAGCCCGCAGCAGGACCAAGGCCAGUCGCAGGUCUCCUGACUCCCAGCUUGGUGUCCCGCGUCUUCGUGGACUUUAGAAACCUCAAAUGGCCAAACUACUACAACAUCCACCCAAGUUCUUGCCCUCAGAGUGGCACAUUGCUAACAAGAACCAAUACCACAGAGCAGAGGCCCAAAGGUCCCGGUCCGAACGCCUGGUGGCAGAAAGCCAGAGGCUUGUGAAUGAAAUUGAAAAGACCACAAGAAAAUCUCAAAGCGAUGUGAACAAGAAACUAGAGCAGAGGCUUGAGGAAGUCAGGUUCUGGAAGAAGGAGUUAGAUGACAAACUUGAGCAGCUGGUGCAUGCGACCGAAAAUCUACUCAUCUAUCAGACCAGAUUGGGGAAAGCCCUGGAGAGCUUUAAAGAGCCCUUGUACAUCACUGAGAAGUGUCUGGAAUACAGGGAGAAGCGAGUUGGCAUCGACUUGGUCCACGAUGAGGUAGAGCGGGAGCUGAUCAAGGAGGCUGAGAUCACCCGGGGGGGGAUGGCCCUGCUGACCCGCACCCUGGAGGAGACGUCCGAGCAGAUCAGGCUGAACCGCUCUGCCAAGUACAGUCUUGAAAAGGACUUGAGGGACAAGUUUACAGCCCUGACCAUUGAUGAUAUCUGCUUCUCACUCAACAACAACUCGCCAAACAUCAAAUAUUCUGAGAACGUCGUGAGGGUUGAACCAAACUCUGUGAGUCUGGAAGACUGGUUGGACUUCUCCAACACCAACGUGGAGAAGGCUGACAAGCAGAGGAACAACUCUCUGACGCUGAAGGCCCUCGUGGACCGAAUCUUGUCCCAGACGGCCAACGACCUAAGCAGGCAAUGUGACGUGGUGGACACCGCAUUCAAGAAUGGGCUGAAGGAGACCAAGGAUGCCAGGGACAAGCUGGCUGCUCAUCUGGCCAAGGUCAUGGAAGAGAUUGCCUCCCAGGAGAAAAAUAUCACAGUUCUUGAAAAAGCCAUCCUUGACCAAGAAGGACCUGCCAAGGUGGCUCAUACACGCCUGGAGACCAGGACCCAUCGGCCUAAUGUGGAGCUGUGUCACGAUGUUGCACAGUACAGGCUGAUCAGGGAGGUCGAUGAGAUCACCCACAACGUCGCAAGAUUAAAGGAAACAUUAGCCCAAGCUCAAGUAGUGCUGCAAGGCCUGAAUCGCAGGCAGCUCGCCCUGCAGGAGGAGAUCCAAGUCAAAGAGAAUACCAUCUACAUCGAUGAAGUGCUGUGUAUGCAUAUGAGGAAGUCCAUCCCUCCAAGGGACGGGGAUGACCACGGGGAGUGGGCCGGGGGUCUUCAUCCGGACACUGUCUGCUGAAAGUAGGAUUCUCAUUAAGCCAUUCUCA